UUUUUUUUUUUUUUUUUUUUUUUUUUUUUAAUUAUAUAUUUUUUUCGCACCGAAGAUGUCUGCGGCUUUGGUGGCGCCAUACUUCGACUUUAGCGAAGUCUUGAACAAGAACAACAGGAUGCUGAACUACAACAACAACAUCCUCAGUGCCCCCCAUCCCACAUCUACCCCCUGCACUGGCACCAACCCCUCCAUCUGCACCCCUAAUGGGACCCUGCUGGACAGGAAGGCAGUGGGGACCCCCUCUACGGGGGUUUAUCAACGGCGGCACUCUGUCACCGUACCCAACUCCAAGUUCAACCAGAACCAGUUCGUGAACAGCCUAAAGAUAGAGCCGUGCCUUACUGGUGGCGGUGGCGGUGGCGGAGGCAGCAACAAGGAGAACCGCUUCCGAGACCGCUCAUAUUCCGAGACUGGGGAGAGGAUGCUCCAAAAGCCUUGCAGCGGCAGCAACGCAGGAGGGCAAGUUAAUUCCAGCCGCUACAAGACUGAACUAUGUAGACCCUUCGAGGAGAACGGCGCUUGCAAGUACGGAGACAAGUGCCAGUUUGCCCAUGGCAUCCAUGAGCUGCGCAGCCUGAGCCGCCACCCUAAGUACAAGACAGAACUCUGCCGCACUUUCCACACCAUCGGGUUCUGCCCCUAUGGGCCCCGCUGCCACUUCAUCCACAAUGCAGAGGAGCGCAGAGGCCCACCUCCCCAGUACCCCCUCUCAUCCUCCAACAAGCUGGAUCGGCCACGACUUCAGCACAGCUUCAGCUUCGCCGGGUUCCCUAGCUCCAAUGGGUUGCAGGACAGUCCCACCUCCGUCACCCCACCGCCUGUGUUAAAUGCAGACGAUCUGUCUGAGUGGGCAAAUAACCCCUUCACCUACUCCAGCCAGGAGCUGGCUACCCUCUUUGGGCCGAGCUUGAGCAUCCCGGGCGACUCCUCUGCCCCGGCUCCACCCUCCCCCACCACAUUCAUCUUUCGGGCCAUGUCAGAGUCUCCCCAGAUGUUUGAGGCUCCCCCCAGCCCGCCUGAUUCGCUUUCUGACCAGGAGGGCUACCUGAGCAGCUCUGGAAGCAUAAGCGGGUCUGAGUCUCCAGUCUUAGACACCAACAAACGUCUUCCAAUCUUCAGCAGACUGUCUAUCUCUGACGACUAAGCAGAAAGAAAAGAAAGCACCACUGCCCUGUUUCACCCCUCCCUCCCAUAUACGAACUGAGACUUUUCUUUAGUUUUAAAGAAAGACGACUAGUGGUCAAUGUUGAACAGUCCACUUGCCUGCUUUCUGUCUCUUUCUUUUUUUUGGGGGGGGGGGGGGGGGGGGGGGGGGUUGCUCGGUUACAAAAACUGACUCCACAUGCCUUUACUGCCACAGGAUUUCCCAUCCCGAGUAAUGAGAACCGUGGGGACUGAGCAGCUAGCUUUGGUCCCCUGCUAGAUUAUUUUU